AUUUACUUAUUUUGACAGGGCGGCAGCCUUAUCAAAGCAUUUUCCAUAUCUAGGAGGAUAAUACACUCAGCAAUUUGACAAAUGAGUUCCUUUAAAAACUCAAUCCAUCUGUCCACAACUCCUCAGUCCUCACUCCACUGUACACAAGCAGGUCGACUUCCCCUUGAAUCAGUGAAUUAUUCACUGACCGAAUCUCUCUCGAUCUCGUCCAAAGUUUUUCAUUACUUUGUGUUUUGGACUAAAAUGCGCAGAGGUUUUCUGGUAUUUUUGCAUGAAAGUGUAGGAUGAGUUAUUGAAGAUAUUGAGCGUAUGAAGAGCAUUACGAUGGCUAGUUUACCUGAUGCACUAAUUUCUCCCCUCGAAUUGAGUCAUAAAGUUUGGGAAGAUCCGUCCUUCAUUAAGUGGAAAAAGAGAGAUGCUCAUGUGCCUUUGCGCUGCCACGAUACUGUGGAUGGCUCUUUGAAGUACUGGUAUCGGCGCAGCAAAGUUGACAAACUGGUCUCUAACUUGGCUGUAUGGGAUGACAAUGCUGUCACUGGAGCACUUGAUAGUGCUGCUUUUUGGGUCCAGGGGUUGCCCUUUGUUCAAUCAUUGAGUGGCUAUUGGAAAUUCUUUUUGGCUCCAAGUCCUACAGAUGUUCCAUUGGAUUUCUUUAAGACUAAUUUUGAUGAGUCAAAUUGGGGUUCUUUACCUGUUCCUUCCAAUUGGCAGAUGCAUGGGUAUGAUCGACCUAUAUAUACAAAUAGUCAGUAUCCAUUUCCACUGAAUCCACCAUAUGUGCCAGAUGAGAAUCCCACUGGUUGUUUUAGAAAGCAUUUCAGAAUUCCAAAUGAGUGGAAUGGUCGUCGUAUCUUGUUGCAUUUUGAGGCUGUAGAUUCAGCUUUUCAGGCAUGGAUUAAUGGGGUGCCAAUUGGUUACAGCCAAGACAGCAGACUUCCUGCUGAAUUUGAAAUUACAGACUAUUGCUUUCCUUGUGGCUCUUCAGAGGAAAACUUGUUGGCCGUUCAAGUGAUGAGAUGGAGUGAUGGUUCCUACCUAGAAGAUCAGGAUCAUUGGUGGUUGUCAGGGAUUCAUAGAGAUGUCCUCCUUCUUGCAAAGCCACAGAUAUUCAUAGAAGACUAUUUUUUUCAAUCAUGGUUGACUAAAGGCUUCUCAUAUGCAGACAUCCAGGUUGAAGUGAAAAUCAAUGGCCUGGGAGGAAGCAAUGAGAUCGACAGGCAUGCUGAUAUCAACAUGGAAGCCAUCCUGUAUGAAACAGGGAAGUGGUAUGAAUCUGAUGAAAAUGUGGACCUACAGGCUUCUGAAGUAGCCCGUCUGGAAUUAUGUCCAUCCAACAAGAAUAUUGGAUUUCAUGGAUAUAAGCUUGUUGGAAAGCUGGAGAACCCAAAGCUAUGGACUGCAGAGCAUCCAACUUUAUACACUUUAAUAGUCAUCCUUCGAGAUGCAUCAGAGCAGCUGGUUGACUGUGAAUCAUGCCAAGUAGGCAUAAGGGAAGUUUCUCUUGGUCCAAAACGGUUACUUCUGAAUGGCUGUCCAAUAGUGAUACGAGGAGUCAACAGGCAUGAGCAUCAUCCACGUGUGGGGAAAACAAAUAUUGAGUCAUGCAUGGUUAAGGACUUAGUUUUGAUGAAGCAAUACAAUGUUAAUGCUGUUAGAAACAGCCAUUACCCGCAACAUCCACGUUGGUACGAGUUGUGUGACUUAUUCGGUGUGUACAUGAUAGACGAAGCCAAUAUUGAAACCCAUGGUUUUGAUCUUUCUAGUCGCCUGAAGCAUCCUACUUCCGAACCAACUUGGGCUAAUGCUAUGCUGGAUCGAGUCAUAAGUAUGGUUGAGAGGGACAAAAAUCAUGCAUGCAUUAUUUCUUGGUCUCUAGGAAAUGAAUCUGGAUAUGGUCCUAAUCAUUCUGCAUCAUCGGGGUGGGUGCGGGGAAGGGAUCCCUCCCGGCUCUUACAUUAUGAAGGGGGAAGAUCUAGAACUUCGUCCACUGACAUUGUGUGCCCUAUGUAUAUGCGUGUUUGGGACAUUGUGAAAAUUGCUAAGGAUCCAACUGAAACCAGACCUUUAAUUUUGUGCGAGUAUUCGCAUGCAAUGGGUAAUAGUAAUGGAAACAUUCAUGAAUAUUGGGAAGCCAUUGCCAGUACAGAAGGGCUGCAAGGAGGGUUUAUCUGGGACUGGGUUGAUCAGGGUUUACUGAAGGAGGGUGCAGAUGGAACUAAGCACUGGGCAUAUGGCGGUGACUUUGGAGAUAUCCCUAAUGACCUUAACUUUUGUUUAAAUGGUCUUACUUGGCCAGAUCGUACUCCACAUCCAGCAUUAAAUGAGGUAAAAUAUGUCUACCAGCCAAUCAAGUUCACAUUCGUUGAAGAUAAAUUCAAGAUAUUUAACUCGCAAUACUUUGAAACCACCGACAACAUAGAGUUCAGUUGGCUUCUAGUUGGAGAUGGAAAAUGCUUGGGGUCUGGGAUGCUGUCUGUCCCUCUACUAAAACCCCUGGACAGUCACGAAAUUGAACUAAAAUCAUCACCCUGGUAUUCUUUAUGGGAAUCAUCCCCUGCAGCAGAAAUAUAUCUGACAAUGACUGCUAAACUUACCCAGCCCACACGUUGGGCUGAAGCGGGACACGUGCUUUCUUCUAGACAAAUUUGUAAACCUGUUAAACGGGCGCAUAUUCCUUCUGUCAUUGAAUUGCCUGAGAGUCCUCAAUUGCUUAUUGAACAACGUGAUGGGGCAAUCACAAUUAGCAACCUGAAUGAAUGGCUGGUUGAAAUUAAUUCAAGGACAGGAACCCUUGAUAGCUGGAAGGUUGCAAAUGUGGCUUUGAUAUGCAAGCCUAUGCUUCCAUACUUUUGGAGAGCUCCAACUGAUAAUGACAAAGGAGGACUAUCUAACAGUUAUGCAACAAAAUGGAAGAAGUUCUUCCUCGAUAACUUAAUAGUUUGUACAGAAAGUUGUUCUAUGCAGAAGCUCACAAACCAUGUUGCUGAAAUUGUAGUAGUCCACAAAGUUAUCCCCAAAGAUCAGAGCUUUGUUCCCAAUUCUGAUAGAUUUGAGAAUAAUGUAUUCCAUAAGAGGAUGGUUGUUUUCAAGGUGGAUGUCACUUACUUGAUCUAUGCGACUGGAGACCUGGUUGUGAAAUACAAUGUGUACCCACAUUCUGAUCUUCCGCCUCUUCCUCGUAUUGGUGUAGAACUCCAUAUAGAUAAGUCUCUCGAUCAAAUAAAAUGGUAUGGAAGGGGACCAUUUGAAUGUUAUCCAGAUAGAAAGGAAGCUGCCCAGGUUGGUAUAUACGAGCUAAAUGUUGAAAACAUGCAUGUGCCUUAUAUUGUUCCUGGUGAAUGUGCUGGUCGGGCAGAUGUAAGAUGGGCUGCAUUUCGAAACUGUGAUGGUAUUGGUCUUUUUGCUUCAUGCUAUGAUGGAUCUCCACCAAUGCAAAUGAAUGUUAGCCGCUACAGCACUGAAGAGCUUGACAAGGCUACGCAUGAGGAAGAUCUUGUUCCGGGGGAUGACAUUGAGGUGCAUCUUGACCACAAGCACAUGGGUUUAGGUGGGGACGAUAGUUGGUCCCCGAGUGUUCAUGAUCAGUACCUCAUCCCUCCAGUGCCUUACUCUUUCUCUCUCCGUCUAUGCCCUAUUAACUCGUCCAGCUCAUGCCAUGAUAUCUAUCGAUCCCAGCUUCCAAAACCAUGACUGUCACUUUAAAACAAGUUAAAAUAGAGAGUUAAAUUGGAGAACAUGAGAUGCGUAUGAAAGCAUGAGGAAUAAGGAAUGAAUUGAAGAUUUGUUUAUCACCCUUCUAAUGGUAAGUAUGGUUGCCACAGCAAUAUGUAUGUCCGAGUUACUUUAGUUCUACUAAUAAUAAUUGGGUUUUAGAUGUGCA